AAAUGAUAAUAAAACAAAACUAUUAUACAAUUAAUUAAUUUAUUAUAAUUCAUUCAUUAAUUCCAGUUCAUUCAUUAAAGUGUCAAGUGUUAUGAUGCAAUAGUCAACGAAAGUGAUAGUCCAUUCUAUAUCGAUUCAUAAAUGAAAUUAUCAUAAAUAUGCGUAUUAAAAGUUAACUCCGAAUUUCGAAAAAUGAGGUGAUUCUUGUGAAUUAUGACAAGUUGGAUUUUAAUGUCGGAUGCACAGAGAUUUCUUUGCAAAAAUGCAAGAUGCAGGAUUAUAAUGGAACUAUUAAUUAGGAUGAAACCUGUGAUUGAGGAUAUUUUUUAAGUGAGAGUAUUUUUUUUUUAGUAAUGAUUGCCGAGAACAUGGUUUUAUAUCAGGACCUUUACUUAAUUCCACGAGCAUUGAUCCGAGUCAUUUUCAUUAUAGUAAAUAAUAUAUAUUGCAUACCCACAUAUGCAAUAUGGAUGUUUACAUUAUGGCCAAUAAAAAUAUUAUAUCCAGACAUUUAUUGGAGGAUAGAAGGAUUAUUUUUUCAUUGGCUGCUCUCGAUGGUAGCUAUGUGGUCUUACACGGCUGGUUAUGAAAUUGUAGAAGAUGGGGAUGAUAUAACACCAUGUUUAAACGAAAGAACAUUAGUUAUAGCGAAUCACCAAAGUACUGCGGAUGUACCAUUAUUAAUGGCAACUUUCAAUGCUAAACCAAAUAUAUUACCUAAUUUAAUGUGGAUUAUGGAUAGGUUAUUUAAAUACACUAAUUUCGGUAUUGUUAGUGUAUUGCACGAGGAUUUCUUUAUUGUUUCUGGCAAGAACAACCGUGAUGAAUCUAUUAUUGCUCUUCGAAAACAUCUUCAUGAAAGUUACAUUCCAAGGAAAAGAUUGUGGAUGGUUUUGUUUCCGGAAGGUGGCUUUUUGAGAAAACGAAAAGAAACGAGUCAAAAAUUUGCUUUAAAAAACAAUCUGCCGGUGUUAAAUAAUGUUUCAUUACCAAGAGUGGGAGCUCUGAAAGCAAUUAUGGAUGAAAUUGGACCAAAGAAACAGUCGAAUAAUAAUAAAUCGAAUAAUAUAGAGCCAGAAAAAAAAUCUGUACCGGAAUUACGAUGGAUACUAGAUAUAACCAUUGCCUACCCUGGAGGUGAUCCCUUAGAUUUAACUACUAUAUUGCAUGGGCUCCGAAAGCCAUGUAAAACAGUAUUAUAUUACAGACUUUAUCCUAGUCAUGAGGUUCCUGAUAACCCCGAGCAACAAACCCAGUGGCUUUACGACAGAUUUUGUGAAAAGGAAAAGUUACUUGAAAACUUUUACAAAACAGGUUCUUUUACUGCCGGCAGCACAAAACAUCGGAAAGAGGUUGUGACACAAGAUAUGCUAAGAUUCAUCAUCAUUCACAUAUUUUUCAUCACAUCCACAUAUUUUCAUAUGAGGAUGUUAUACGCUUUAUGUGAGUAUUGCAGUUAUUAUAUAUAUUGAAUAAUUAGAAUCUUGUAGCUUGAAAUAAUUUAUUUAUUGGUAAACGAUUUCUUUUUGGAAAAUAUUUUGUUUGAGAGUAUUUUUAAUAAUAUAAAUAAUAUAAGAAUUAGAUUAUGGAAAUUGUAUAUAGAUUAAAACCCACAAAACGCAUAUUUAAUUCAAUUAAAUGUUUUUGUAUGUGAUAUAUAUUAUGCUGAUCGGAAUUGUUAAUAUAGACAUGUAAGGAUGCACAACUUAUUUGUUAAUAAUUAUUUUAUUUAGUGAUAAUUUUAAGUGUCAAGUCGA